AUGCAAGCCCUCUACCGCACAUCUACCGUUGCAUCCCGAGCAGCAGCAACAGCAGCCACGGCAGCCCCCACGAGAAUCGCAUCCAUACAGAGGCACCUCUCCUCGACAGCCCGCAUCAUGGCUCCCAUCACCAAGGAGACCGACUUCCUCGUCAUCGGCGGCGGCAGCGGCGGCCUCGGAGCGGCGCGCAAGGCCAGCGGGCAGUUUGGCGUAAAGGCCAUGAUCGUCGAGGGUUCGAGGUUGGGAGGAACCUGCGUAAACGUUGGCUGCGUCCCCAAAAAGGUCACCUUCAACGCCGCCGCCAUCGCCGAGACGAUCCACCAGGCCAAGUCGUACGGCUUCUCCGUCUCCGAGACGGCCCCCUUCGACUGGACGACCUUCAAGAACAAGCGCGACGCCUACAUCAAGCGCCUCAACGGCAUCUACGAGCGCAACCUCAACAACGACAAGGUCGAGUACCUCCACGGCUGGGCCCGCCUGACCGGCAAGAACGAGGCCGAGGUCACCCUCGACGACGGCUCCAAGGCCACCGUCAAGGCCAAGAAGAUCCUCAUCGCCGUCGGCGGCAACCCCACCAUCCCCCCCGAGAUCCCGGGCGCCGAGCUCGGCACCAACUCGGACGGCUUCUUCGACAUCGACGUCCAGCCCAAGAAGGUCGCCCUCGUCGGCGCCGGCUACAUCGCCGUUGAGUUCGCCGGCAUGUUCAACGCCCUCGGCACCGAGACCCACCUCUUCAUCCGCCACGACACGUUCCUGCGCAACUUCGACCCCAUGAUCCAGGAGACCGUCACCGAGGAGUACGAGCGCCUCGGCGUCAACCUGCACAAGCGUUCCCAGCCCACCAAGGUCGAGAAGGACGCCCAGGGCAAGCUCACAAUCACCUACAAGGACGCCGACGGCAAGGAGACCUCCGAGGGCGGCUUCGACCACCUCAUCUGGGCCAUUGGCCGCACGCCCGCGACUAAGGACCUCGGUGUCGAGACCGCCGGCCUCAAGACGAACGAGAAGGGCUACAUCCCCGUCGACGACUACCAGAACACUAGCGUCGAGAACGUCUACGCCCUCGGUGACGUCACCGGCAAGGUCGAGCUGACCCCCGUCGCCAUCGCUGCGGGACGUCGUCUGGCGGAGCGUCUGUUCGGAGGCCCCGAGUACAAGGAUGCGCACCUCGACUACUCCAACAUUCCCUCCGUCGUGUUCUCCCAUCCCGAGGUUGGCAGCAUCGGCCUGACGGAGCCUGAGGCCGUUGAGAAGUACGGCAAGGACAACAUCAAGAUCUACAAGACCAAUUUUACCGCCAUGUACUACGCCAUGAUGGAGCCCGAGGAGAAGGGACCCACCGCUUACAAGCUUGUCUGCGCCGGCCCCGAGGAGAAAGUUGUUGGUCUGCACAUUGCCGGCCUCGGCAGCGGAGAGAUGCUGCAAGGUUUCGGUGUCGCUGUCAAGAUGGGCGCCACCAAGAAGGAUUUCGACAGCUGUGUGGCCAUCCACCCCACCAGCGCUGAGGAGCUGGUUACUCUGAAAUAG